AUGGAGACCACCUAUUUCACGUGCACAUUGGGCCAGGCUGUCCACCAACAGAGCGGCAAAUCCUACAACACCAUUAACGAAUUCCUCGAGCAUAAAGCUCGCUCUGCUCCGGAUACCCCCGUUGUUGGUUUCUACGAGGUCGAGGCCAGUGAGAGAGCCUCACAGCAGUGGAAACCCCAUGUCUUCACAUUCGACGAUGUCCACCGAGGGACGGUCAUCGUGGCGGACCGGUUGUCGAAGAGCCUCACCACGGACAAGGGCCAGACAGUAGCUUUGCUGUGUCCGAGCUCGGCAGAUUUCCUCUUCACGUGGCUGGCACUUAUCUGGCUGGGCCACCCGGCGCUUCUGAUCGCGCCUCAAUGCUCACCCUCUGCGAUCACGGAACUUUGCAAUGCAUGUGGUGUGAAAGAUCUUGUCUACGAUGAGAUAUACGGAGAUCUUGCGACGGAAGCCUCAAAGCUGGGAGGUGGCUCUUUGAAUGCGCUUGUUUUGCCUUUUGCAAGCGAGAGCAUCUUCGAGGCGAUCAAGGGUACGCCUGUCAGUGUAAUCGCACCGCCAGCCACGGUGCAGGAAACCGAUAUCGCAUAUCUGCAUCACACAUCAGGCACGUCGACUGGCGUGCCGAAGCCAGUCCCGCAAUCGCACAGAGCAGCAAUAGGAGUGCUCCCCACGUUAAACGGGAGAAGCAAGGCCUGCUUCACGACAACACCCCUUUACCACGGCGGGGUCGCCGACCUGUUUCGCGCAUGGACAAGCGACGCUCUGAUAUGGCUCUUCCCCGGGAAAGAGCUGCCCAUCACAGCCGCCCAUGUCUGCAAGUGUCUGGAGGUUGCGGCAACUUCGGCAGACGGUGGGCCGGAGGUCAGCUACUUCUCCUCCGUCCCGUACGUGUUGCAGAUGAUGGCCGAGGAUAAGGACGGCCUCGGGCAUCUGCAACGUAUGGACAUCGUCGGCGUUGGAGGCGCAGCGUUGCCCGCAGAAGUUGGCGACAAACUGGUGAUGGACAACGUGAACCUCAUCUCCCGCUUCGGUAGCGCGGAGUGCGGCUUCCUCAUGUCGUCGCACCGAGAGUACGCAAAGGACAAGGAAUGGCAGUACCUCAGAUGCUCUCCGGGAGAUGAACAUCUUCGCUUCGAGCCCCAAGAAGACGGCCUCUCCGAGCUGGUGAUCCAGCAUGGCUGGCCUCACAUGGCGAAGCGCAAUCGAGACGACGGCUCCUUCGCCACUGCCGACCUCUUCGCUCCUAAUCCUGCGAUUCCGCAUGCGUGGCGGUACCAUUCCCGCGCGGAUUCACAAUUGACGCUCAUUACGGGCAAGAAAUUCGACCCAGCACCGCUGGAGGAUUCGAUUCGAGCGUCGGCUUCUUCGGUGCUCGACGACGUCUUGAUAAUCGGGACCGGAAAACCAUAUCCCGGGGUGUUACUCUUCCCGUCACGAGAUGCGGCGUCCACGAGCAAUAAUGAGCUCAUUGACAAGAUCGCACCGCUGGUCGAGAAGCUGAAUCGAAAUAGUCAAUCCCACGCCCGAAUACCGCGGAACAUGCUCAUCGCGAUGCCUCGUCUGGAAAACGGGCUCGAGAAGAGCAGCAAAGGCACCGUCUUGCGGCGGAAAGCUGAAGAGCGAUUCAGCGAGGCGAUCGAUGCUGCCUAUGGGGACGUAUUGCCUGGAGGGGUUUCUUGCAGCACUGAUAUACCUGACGCUGACGUCUCGAGAACAAUCCGCGACAUUGUCAUGAGAGUUGCAGGCGAAAACAGGAAUCGUGACGACCAAGCUACCGAGCUGGCAGACGAGACGGACCUGUUUAGCUACGGGAUCGACUCUGUCGCAGCCAUACGGAUCCGCCAUGCACUGAUGGCACUGAUCCCAAAGACUGCGACUUUACCAUUGACGAUCGUCCAAGACGCUGGGACAGUAUCCCGGCUCGCUGAUCUGGUGCUCCGUCUUCGAACUAGUGGAGAAGCCAGCCUCAGCACCAAAGAGCAAGAUGAAAGGGAACAAACCAGCAUAAUGCUCGAUCUGGCAAGAGAGUAUAGCGUCUUCAGCGAUCCUCAUCCCAAGCCUGCUUCUUCAAUAAUGCCAUCUCGACGGGCACCUCAUCAAGACACCAAGGUUGUACGAGUCCUGCUGACUGGGCCGACCGGGUCCCUUGGAGCUCACAUCCUCUGGCAGCUCGUUUCCGAUCCGCGCAUAUCCAAAAUCCACCUCCUCGUCCGGGCCGCCACACCAUUGGCAAGGCGCGAGCGCGUGUUGAAAGCCUUCUCUUCCCGCCGUCUCCCUAUCCCAGGGGACUUCGACUCCAAAGUCACGAUCCACAACUGUAAACUCUCGGAUCCGCACCUCGGACUCUCAAACGAAGAGUAUACCGCCCUGGCGGCCUCGGUCGACGUGAUCGUCCAUCUAGCAUGGAGCGUGAACUUCCUUCAGCCACUCCGAUCAUUCGCAUCCACGCACCUAGCGGGGCUGAGGAAUCUGAUCAAUUUCGCUCUAUCGUCACCGCUUGCGAGUUCUUCAAACCGACAACACCACCACGCCAACCCGCCAAGGAUGAUCUUCUGCUCCAGCGUCGCAGCCGUGUCGAACUACGCGCCACAAUCACAAUCUCCCAGCACAAAGCCCGUGCCGGAACGAGUCCUUGUGGCAGACGACGACGCCUCAGUGGCCGGUCCGACAGGCUACGCCCACUCCAAGUGGGUGGCCGAGCGGAUGUGCUGGCACGCGCACGCCACGACGCGACUGCGAGGCCGCAUCUCCGUCGCGCGCGUCGGCCAACUAAGCGGCGCGACGGAUACCGGCGUCUGGUCUGCUAGUGAAGCAUACCCGCUUAUGCUGGCCAGCGCGGCCGCGACAGGCGUGCUCCCUGAUCUCGAUAGCGCAAGAAGGGCGCAGGGCGUGCGAGAGGGGGAGGUGCUCGCGUGGCUGCCCGUCGACGUUGCCGCGAGGGCGUUUGUCGACGAUAUCGUGGGAGAUGAGGUCGACGAUGAUGCCGUACAGGACCGAAACCAGGACCUGGACCAAACGACGAACAAAAGCGAUAACUCCGCCAAUUCGACAGCAACGCCAUUGCCGGUCCACCACGUCCUCAACCCCUCCCACGCCAUCACAUGGACUCACCUCCUACACUGGCUCUCCCCGCACGAGAAAUUCCAAACAGUCGGCGUCGAGUCGUGGCUCCACGCGCUCGAAGCCCUAUCCGACAGUCCCGACGAAGGGAAGCGCACGCACCCUAGCUUGAAACUCCUGCCCUUCUGGAAGGGGGCGUAUGCGUCAUCGUCACGAAGGGGUCAACGCGAUGGAGACGGAGACGAUAAGUCGGACACGGACGCGCCGUCAUCAGCGGCGCGAGAGGAUCAAAUGGAAGAAGACCGUAAGGCAGUGGUAGAGACAGGGACGAUGAACGGCGUGGUCCCUCCCACGCAGGAGACGGAGACAGCGAUGAUAGGGUAUGAGAUGGCAAGUACCUAUACGCGGAUGCCGUCCCUGCGUGAUUGGGAAGGCGUGGUCACCGAGGAGUAUGUCAUCAAGCUGUGGAACUGGGUCAAGGAGAGUGUCUGA